AGAAGGAGAAAAAGGAGGAGGAGAAGGAGAGGAGGGAAAAAGAAACCAUAGACGUCUACCUCGGCCUAGAGCGGCCCUUACAGUGCUGGGGAAAGGAGGGCGGGCGGGGACCACCCCAGAACAGGCCGCCGGCGGUAUCAUGGCGACCCGGAACCCCCCUCCCCAAGACUAUGAAAGUGAUGACGACUCUUACGAAGUGUUGGAUUUAACUGAGUAUGCAAGAAGACACCACUGGUGGAAUCGAGUGUUUGGCCACAGCUCGGGACCUAUGGUAGAAAAAUACUCAGUAGCUACCCAGAUUGUAAUGGGUGGCGUGACUGGCUGGUGUGCAGGAUUUUUGUUCCAGAAAGUUGGAAAACUUGCAGCAACUGCAGUGGGUGGUGGUUUUCUUCUCCUUCAGAUUGCCAGUCACAGUGGCUAUGUGCAGAUUGAUUGGAAGAGAGUUGAAAAAGAUGUCAACAAAGCAAAAAGACAGAUUAAGAAACGAGCAAAUAAAGCAGCACCUGAAAUCAACAAUAUAAUCGAAGAAGCAUCUAGGCAGACUUUCUCACACUCUGGCCCUGUCUGAUGGCUUCCUCGUGAUCUUAAUUAGGUUAAACAUUUUACCAAGGUGAUGUUUCUUUUGAUCCUGCACAUUUUUUCUAACUGGCUAAAUGAACUGUUAACAAAUAUCUUUGUGCCUGCUGUGGCAAUGUAUUAAAUUAUCUGUGUUAAUAAUUGGAUGAAUGGACCAUUGACAUCUGCCCUACAGGUGCCCAUGAGCUUAUAGCUGCCCAUGUACUUACUAUCUUGGCAGCCAGGGAACUUCCUGGGUCCAGCCAUGAGUGCAAUGGGCAGCUUCCUUCAGGUUGCAGUGGGCAGCUCUGGGAUCUUAUGUGGUGUUUGGCACCUGCUGAAGUAGGUGCAUAGAAUUUUUUGUUGAAUAUUGAAUUAAGGAAAAUAGUUGAGAAUGUUACUUAGCUCCAGGUUCAAUAUAUUUUUAAAAUUUGCAUUUUUAUUGUGGUAAAAUAUAUAUAACAAAAUUUGCUGUUUUAGCCAUUUUUAAGUGUACAGGUCAGUGGCAUUCAGUAUAUUUUCUGCAAUCAUGACCAAUAUCCAUUUCCAGAACUUUAUCACUCCUGUCAUUCCUGUGCCCAUUAAACACCAAUUCCCACAAUUUCUCCCUCUCUCCAGCCCUUGGUAAUCUCUCUUUUUUAAUUAAAAUUUUUUAAAAAUUUAUUUAUUUUCACUUAUUUCAGAGACAGAGAUUUUGCAUCUACUGAUUCUCUUCCCAAAUGCCCACAACAGUCAGGGCUGGGCCAGGCUGAAGUCAGUAGCCAGGAAUUCUAUUUGGGUCUCCCAUCUGGGUGGCAAGGACCCAAGUACUUGAACCGUCAUCUCCUGCCUCCUAGGGUUUCCAUUAACAGGAAACUGAAUGGGAAAGUAGAGUAACCGUGAUUUGAAUCAGGCACUCUAAUAUGGGUUGCAGGCACCAAAUGCUUGUCUUUUUUGAAAUUCUUUUUACUGGGGUUGGUGCUGUGGCGUAUCAGGAUAAGCCACCAUCUGUGACACCGGCAUCCCAUAUGGGCACCGAUUCAAGUCCUGGCUGCCCCACUUCCAGUCCAGCUCCCUGCUGAUGCACCUGAGAGAAUAGCAGAAGAUGGCCCAAGUGCCUGGGCUCCUGUACCCACUUGGAAGAUCCCGAAGAAGCUCCUGGCUUCAGUCUGACGCAGCCCUGGCUGUUGUGGCCAUUUGGGGAAUGAACCAGUGGAUGGAGAUCUCUGUCUGUCUCUCCCUCUCUCUGUAAUUCUGACUUUCAAAUAAAUAAAAUAAAUCUUUUAAAAAUUCUUUUUAUUUAUUUAUUUGAAAGGCAGAGAGAGACAGGGUUUCCAUCUGCUGGUUUAUUCUCCAAAUGCCUACAAUGGCUGGAACUGGGCCAGGCUGAAGCUGAGAGCUGGGAACCCAAUCCAGGUCUCAUUCUUGGGUGGCAGGAACCCAGUCACUUGAGCCAUCACCACUGCCUCCCAGGAUCUGCAUUAAUAGAAAGCUGGAGUCAGAAGCAAAAGUGGAGAUUCAAGCUCAGGUGCUCUGAUGUGGGGUGCAGGCAUCCUUUUUUUUUUUUUUAAGAUUUAUUCAUUAAUUUGAAAGCGGAGCUACAGAACAAGAAAAAGAGUGAUCUUCCAUCUGCUGGAUUACUGUCCCAAUUGGCCACAAUGCCCAGGGCUAGGCCAGGCUGAAGCCAGGAGCCUGGAGCUUCCUCUUGGUCUUCCACAUGGGUGCAGGGGCCCAAGGACUUGGGAUAUCUUCCAGUGGUUUCCCAGGCCACAGCAGAGAGUUGGAUCGGAAGUAGAGCAGCCAGGACUCUAACUGGGGCCCAUGAGGGGUGCCGGUGCUGCAGGCCAUGGCUUAAUCCACUGUGCCACAUCGCCGGCCCUGGAUGCAGGCAGUCUUAAUUGCUAGGCCAGAUCCUGUCUUAUACUUCCUGACUCCAUGAAUUUGACUGUUCUUGUAAGUGGAAUCAUGCAAUAUUUGUCCUUUUUUGUUUGCCUUAUUCCGUUUAACAUGUUUUCAGAUUUCAUCCAUAAUUAAGAGUGUUUGUGUUUAAAUGUACUUCAUG